AUGGCCACUUCUGCAGAUCAUAAUAGCUCGGGGAGUGUUUCUCCCGGGAUGAUGAAAUACAAAAGAAGACGAUUUUCUGAAAUACCUGAAGAGUUUGGAGGGAAUUACUCGCCGUAUAAACAUUAUAAUGCGUUUUUCAGAAGGAAAGAACGUUCGUUGUGGCCUGCAAUGAGAAUUAGCAUGGACCGUUGCCUUUUUGGAUUGAUUUUGGUGGCGUUUUUCUCCACGUUGGUGCUUGCAAAAUCGGCUUUGAUGAACACUUUGCAUGACUUCAAAUCUGAGCGUGUGCUGAUUCAAGUUAUUCAACAGACGGUUGUGGAAAGAAACAAUAAUAAUAUGGCUCUUGAAUCCACCAAGUCGAAGUUUCAGAAUCACAAUAUUUGGACGAAGAUUAGUAGCGACAAGUAUUACCAAUGCAUUAACCGAUCUCGGGCUGAAAGAAGAGACGACACUUCUACAAAUGGCUAUCUAAUGGUUCAUGCCAAUGGUGGCUUGAAUCAAAUGAAAACUGGAAUAAGCGAUAUGGUUGCCAUAGCAAAAAUCAUGAAUGCCACCUUGGUUCUCCCUUCAUUAGAUCACAAAUCCUAUUGGACAGACCCAAGCGAUUUUAAGGACGUAUUUAACUGGAGGCAUUUCAUGGAAGUACUGAAAGAAGAUAUCAGCAUCGUGGAGUCUCUCCCACCAGAAUUGGAAGCAGUAAAUCACAUUCAGAUGGCCCCAGUUUCUUGGUCUAAAGCUAGUUAUUAUAGAGGAGAGAUAGCUCCACUAUUCAAGGAAUACAGGGUUAUCAAGUUUACUCGUACUAAUGCUCGUCUUGUUAACAAUGGUCUUGCUAUUUCAAUCCAAAGGCUUCGUUGCCGCGCAAUGUAUCAGGCUCUCGCUUUCUCAGACAGAAUUGUAGAGCUUGGAAACAUAUUGGUUGAAAGACUAAAGAAUAUGAAUUCUCCUUAUGUUGCUCUUCAUUUGAGAUAUGAAAAAGACAUGCUUUCUUUUACAGGCUGCAGUUACAAUCUCACAGAAGCGGAAGAUGAGGAGCUGCGAAGAUUAAGAUAUAAAACUCAACAUUGGAAGGAAAAAGAGAUCAAUAGCACAGAGAGAAGGCUCAAUGGGGUAUGCCCCAUGACCCCUAGAGAGGUUGCUGUCUUCCUCGAAGCUAUGGGAUUUCCUUUCGAUACAAACAUCUACAUAGUUGCAGGAGACAUUUAUGGUCAAAAUGGGAUUAAAGAACUUAGAGCAAAGUAUCCAAAUGUAAUAACUCAUUACGAUUUGGCUACAGAAGAAGAAUUAGAACCUUUCAGGAAAUGCCAGAAUCAGCUUGCUGCCUUGGACAAUAUUAUAGCACUUGAAAGUGAUGUUUUUGUUUACACAUACGAUGGUAACAUGGCCAAGGCCGUAAAGGGUCAAAGAGAAUUCGAAGGUUUCCGGAAAACCAUCUGCCCUGACAAAUGGAAUUUUGUGAGAUUGAUUGAUCAAUACGACAAGGGUUUGAUAUCUUGGGAAUCAUUUAAAUCAAAGAUUAAGAGUUUACAUGAAGACAGGAUGGGAGCACCACAUUUAAGAACUAUUGCAGAUUCUCCAAGAACGGAGGAGAGUUUCUACGCAAACCCUUAUCCUGGUUGUAUAUGUGACAAGUCUAAAGACUUACCAAUUUCAUACAGAACUAACAGAAGACGAACUUGGUGA